AUGAGUGGCAUGAAAGCUGUGUAUAAAUUCCACGGGGAGGUGGUGCAUUCGUUCGAAAGCUUUCCAUGCGCCACCGAGGCAUCCAAUGAGUAUGCACCUGUAUCGGGAGAAAAGCCAUCGAAUCAUUCGUAUACGGGCAAGAUGGAUGGUGGCAAUUCCAUGCCGGAACUCAAGUCAACAGGCCCUUACGCCGCUCUUGUCACUUCCAUUAAGUUGGCUAAGGAAGACAGUGAAGGGUUCCUCAAAGACCGUGUGGAAGGCCCGAUUCCGUCCAAAUUUUACAAUCAAUAA